AUGGAGGGCAAGAGAAACAUUGUCAUUGUCGGAGGCGGCAUCAUCGGCUGCACCACCGCCUAUUACUUGACCCGCCACCCCAAGUUCAGCCCUGCCUUGCACACCAUCACGCUUCUGGAGGCCGCUCCAGCGGUGGCUGCCGGUGCCUCGGGCAAGGCUGGCGGUCUUCUCGGGCUGUGGGCGUAUCCAGCAAGCAUCGUCCCGUUGUCAUACAGGCUGCACUCGGAGCUGGCCGCCGAGCACGACGGGGCCAGUCGCUGGGGCUAUCGCAGGAUCAAAUGCGGCAGCAUCGAGGCGGUUGUGACGAAGGAGAAGCUUGGUGAACUCCAGAACCCCGCAGAUGAAAAUGGCAAGGCUUGGGAGAAGCUUCCCAAGCAAGAUGAAGCCGCCAGGGAACUGCUCCAGGACGAGGAGCUACCUGCUGAUCUGGACUGGUUAGACCGAGAGGUGGUGAGAGGAUGGGCUGAGAUGGGGUCGCCGGGAGCUACCGAGACUGCUCAGGUGCAUCCGUACCACUUUACGACUUCAAUUGCAGAGCUCGCUCAGAAGGGCGGCGUCACUAUCAAAACCAAUGCAAAAGUCACGAGGCUCGUCACAUCAAAGGUAGCCGUGGAAGGGGUCGAGUAUCUAGACCGGACAACAGACGAGGUCAACAAGAUUACGGAUGUCACCGACAUUAUUGUUGCGGCGGGACCAUGGACAGGCCGAGUUCUCCCGCGGGCAAAGGUUGAGGGCCUAAGAGCUCACAGCGUUGUCUACGAUGUCAACGUCACGCCGUAUGCCGUCUUCACAGACAUCGAGCUACCCGCAGACUUUAUCCCCGAUCAUCGAGCAAAGAUGGGACAGAAGAGGCAGCACAAAGGCAGGGUAGAUCCCGAAAUCUAUGCUCGGCCGUUUAACGAAGCAUACGCAUGUGGCGAGCCCGACAGCGACGUGCCACUACCGGAAACAGCUGAUCAGGUUCAAUUCAACGAAGCCCACUGCGACGACAUCAUUUCUUACUUUGCAACCGUGAGCCCCGUGCUGGCUGCUGCGCCGAUCAAGGCCAAACAAGCCUGCUACCUACCACGGCAUAUACGCUUCGGACAGGAGAGCGGCCCUCUUAUAGGGCCCACGGUCACUCCCGGCCUAUGGGUUGCGGCUGGCCAUACCUGCUGGGGAAUUCAAAACGGCCCAGCGACGGGAAAGCUGAUGUCCGAGUACAUUCUGGAUGGCGAAGCCAAGAGUGCGAAUGUUAGCAAUUUGGAUCCAAGGAAGUUUAAAGUUUGA